CGUGCAAACCUUUAAGAUUUUAAAUAAUUUUUUAAAUAAUCCAUAACGAUGAAAACGAAGACUCAGAGAUUAUUUGCUCAACUCAAACGUUUACGUGAAAAUCCUACUUAUCCGUUUAUAACGCCAUCUUUCGUCCAUAUACAAAACUUUAAUAAUAACAAGUCUGCUAUUGUGUCUACUAGUAAGAGUUUACCAAAGGCCAAUCCAAAAUGUUCGUCAGCAAAAUCUGUAUCAGAAAAACAGCAAAUGAAGAAUCCACAAGACGUUCCUCUUAAAUCGACUUCGGCACAUAUUAAAAAAUCAUCUCCAAAGAACAAAGUCGUCGUCGAUGAUAAGGAAAAGGACGUAGUCGGACCCCAACCAAGAUCAAGUACGAAAAAGCAUACAUCUAAGUCGGAAAUUACGAAGGAACCAUCUAAAAAUUCAUGCUCGUCGAAAAGACCAAACGUUUUCGACGACAAUGGGUCUUCUAAGAGACCUAAACACUCGAGAUCUGUCGUGUUACGCCCUAGUGCGGAUGGGUCUGAAAAAACAAUAAUCCCAAAGGCCAUUUCUUCAACUUCAGAUUCGGUAAAUGAAUCGCAGACCUCGCAAGAUUAUAAAAACGAUUAUAAUGGGCUUUCCUCUAGCUCAGCUCGGCCUACUGACCAGCAUAAAAAUCUGCCCAAAAAGAAAAGCUCAAACACAAUCUUGGAGGGAAAACCGUCUAAGAAAACUGUUUACUCGAGCGCCGUCGAGUUCCACUCGGCUUCUGAUAAUAAAUCCGAUGGCAAAAUCAUGUUGAAAAUCACAAAAAAACCUUCUUCCGAUAAAUAA